AGCUGGGAGGGAUGAGAAGCAAGCUGCAAACCCUGCUUCUGACCAGAGCAAGUGCUCAGCCUGCCUUCACUGGCCUCUCCUGCAUGCACGCCUGGGCAGCACCGCGCUCCUUGCUUUCCUCCCUCUGUUGCAUUUUGUAUCCUGGUAACAUCGCUCACGUUAGAGCCGGUGUAUGCUGGUAACAUGGCUGAGUUUUGGGGUGCAGAGAGCUCCAUGUGGCCUGCUGGGCUGUUGUGAAGACCGUAGCUGCAGGAGGAAUGAACAAAACUCACCCCCAGAGGAACAGUGAUGUAGCUCCUUUUGAUCCAGUAAAGUCCUUCUCUGAAGAAAGAGGCUGCUGUCGGCCGCGUGGGGCCCACCUGUGUUGCCCACCGAGAUGUGUCUGUGUCACCACGCUGCUCCUCCUGGCUGCCACGGUGGCCAUCGUGGGCCUGGCGGUGGCACUGGGGCUCUCAUCACGCUCACCAGCGAACCGCCUCUGUGCAGCCUCCAAUAACCGGACAGGCUUCUUGUGUGACGACAGAGUGACUUGCAUCCCAGCCAGCCAGGUCUGUGACAGAACCACCAACUGCAGAGACGGAGAGGAUGAGCAGGAGAAACUCUGUGGCGACCUGCCCCGCAGCCUCCCGGCGUUCCUGGUUUUCCGCUGCGGUAACCCUGCGCACUGGGUCUAUGCUGACAAGAGGUGCGACGGGAUGAACGACUGCGGGGACUGCUCCGACGAGACGGGGAGCUUGGCCGCCUGCCCUCCGUGCGGGUCAGCGUGGUGGAGCUGCAGCCCUGUGUUGUACGAGUACUGCGCGUGCGUGCCCAGGUCACUGUGCCGCGACAGCGUCCAGCACUGCGUCAGCUGGUCCGAUGAGUACCUCUGCACGCCGUGAAGCUUCAGCACCAGGAGACGCUGGACGAGGUGGGGAGUUCCCUGCACUGUCGACUCCCAUGCUGCUUUCCUGUUCUGGAAGCUCCAGCCUGAGCAGCACGAGGGGUGCGC